AUGCAGGAUUUGUGGAAGCAACUGGCGGCACUUCUCAGUGCAGAAGGGCCGCCAGUUAAGACAGAGGCAACUGGCGGCGGCCGACUGGGCGGCAUCCGCGGCCGCGUCCUUCAGCUUGUUGGGAGCGGUGCCACCAGAGGCCUUGCAGAGCCCUUCUUCAUGUCGACCAGCAGCUCGGAGUUUUGGUUUUUUGCAUCCAAAAAUAUUCGAGGCAUUGAGCGAAGCUGGCCAUUUCUGUUUCAGGCAAAGCACCUGACCAACCACGUAAACAUCUUGCUAGGCUCGAAUGUUGCACAGACUUUUGAUGACCGACUAAAGACUGUUGGACGGCAAGUUUUUCGUUACGCACACAGCCAAGUAAAAAAAGAAUGUGUGAAGUCUUGUCUCCAAGAAAUAGAAGCUGCCAAAACUAACAGGAAGUCAAUGGCAGUUGAAUACGAAGCCAUGCCACUACUACUGCUCGCAAUCUUCGGAGAAGACAAAGAGCUGUUCCACAAGCUAACAGAGGAGACGGCCAGCGACGAUGACUUGGGGGAUCUGCCAAGCUGUCCUUUCAUCUGCGCGAAAGAGACUGAUGGACUUUUCUCCCUGCUAAUUCAUGCAUCGCAUGCACUUCAUGCAUCGAAGCCAGACGAGGCCUUCAAGCUGCUGUUCUUCGCCCACUUUGCUUUUAACAUCCAGUACCAGAAGGAGACGAGCCUGUGCUUGGAAUUCACACAGCGGGCUAUUGCAGGUAUUAAUCCUGCAAGAGGAACAAAGGUGCAAAAGAAUGGCGGGAAGCAGCACUGCCUGUCACCAAGAGUGGCUGCACUCGUAACGGCUUUGAAAGACUGA